AUGUCCUGGGUAGAUGAAAACAACUUCACACUUCUACACUUUGCAGUAGCUCAGGGAAACCUUGAGAAAGUAAACCAUUUCCUCAGCCUGAAUGCUAAUGUUAAUAGCCGUACGGUGAGUGGAUAUACACCGCUCAUCUUGGCGGUGCAGAAAAAGCUCCCUGACAUAUGUACUAUCUUAAUAGAAAAUGGAGCAGAUGUGAAUAUAACUGAUGAAGACAAAUGGUCACCUCUGCAUUUUUCAGCCCAGAGUGGAGAUGAUCGGAUAGCACGUCUGCUGUUGGGUCAUGGAGCUCACGUAGAUGCAACGGAACGAGAUAAUUGGACAGCACUUCACCUGGCCUCUCAAAAUGGUUUUGAAAAUGUUGCCCGAGUCCUUUUCACCCGUCAGGCAAACCCAAAUUGCCAAGAAUCAGAUGGGAAAACAGCUCUUCAUAUAGCUUCCUAUUUUGGCCACUACAAACUUGUUAAACUUCUGAUUAGCCAAGGAGCUGAUCGAGACGCCAAGCAGAAGAAUCUCAGGACUCCCCUUCACAUUUCUGCUGACAGAGGCUAUUUCCGAGUGGUACAGCAUUUGAUACAAAAGGGAGCAAAUGUCAACUGUGUUGAUCAAAGCCAAUAUAGCCCUUUACAUAUGGCGGCAGUAAAAGGCAAUAGCAUGAUCUGCAAGCUCCUCAUAAAGCAUGGUGCUCAGGUCAACAUAAAAAAUAAUCAGUGCUGGACGCCAUUGCAUCUUGCAAUUUUUAAAGGACACACUGAAAUAAUAUAUUUACUUAAGGACAAUGAUGCUACCUUAGAUGCUGAGGGAAAUAUGAAAUGGACACCACUCCACCUGGCUGUACGCUACAGUGAAGACUCCAUCAUUUCUCUUCUCUUGAAUUUCGGAGCUGACCCAAAUGUUGCAGAAAUGUCUGGCUGGACACCACUGCACCUUGCAGUGCAACGAAGUUCAUUUGGCAAUGUGAUCAAACUCAUUGAGAAGAAAGCUAAUGUGGAUGCUCAAAACAAGUUUUUGGUUGGACUCCGUUACACGUAG